AUGCGCCACGGGCGCAACAGUGAUGACGCCGUGAAGUCCCCUCGGGUGUGUUUCCACUGUAGAGAGCCUGGCCAUGGGACUGCUGAUUGUCCAGCUGUACUCGAAAGUCAAGAUGUGGGUACAGGAAUCUGUUACCGCUGUGGAUCCACAGAACAUGAAAUCACCAAGUGCAAAGCAAAAGUAGAUCCAGCUGUUGGACCAUUUCCAUAUGCAAAAUGUUUUAUCUGUAGUGAGAUGGGGCAUCUUUCAAGGUUGCGUCCAGAUAAUCCCAAAGGAUUAUAUGCUGAAGGUGGCUGCUGCAGACUUUGUGGCUCUGUGGAGCACUUCAGGAAAGACUGUCCAGAAAACCAGAACUCAGAUUGUGUUACGGUUGGGCAAUGGGCCAGUGGAAUGAGUGCAGAUUCUGAAGAAAUUAUAGAAACACCAAAGCUGCAAAAAACAAAAUUGAAGGGACCUAAAAUUGUUAAUUUCUGAAGGCCACUCUUGCACACCAAGCUGCAGUAACCCUGCAUUGCUUCACUUCAGAAUAGUGAGUGCACUGGAUUGCUGGAUCCAGUAAAUCAACC